AUACAAGAUUGUCAACAUCGGAAGCACGUGUUUCUAUUUUUAUUCUUACAAAGAGCAAAAAUAUGUCGAAAAAAGUGAAAAAUAAGUCAAUUUCCGAAGAGAUUUCGAGUCUUUUUACAAGACAAACUCUCACGGAGCCAGACAGUGAUGAAGGUGAAGUGAAUUUGGCCAAAUCAGCGGAAGUGGAAGAGGAGAAUCAACUUGGUGGUAUUCGGAAGCAAAACGCUCCACUUCUUGAGGAAAUUAAUGCUAAAUACAAAGGAAUUCCAUCCUCGAGAGACUUGGACAGUGAUUCGUCAUUUGAUGAUGAAGUUGUUGAGGAUGAGGAAGAUGAUUCUGAAGACAAUGAUGAAGAAGAUUCUCAAGACGAUGAUGAAGAAGAAGAGGAAGAUGAUGAGGAAGAAAGUGCCCAAAGUAGUGAUGAAUCUGAAGAAAUUUCGUCUGGUGAGGAAGAUACGCAACCAGGGAACACGCAGAACAUAAAACUUAUCUCUCAGAAGCCAACAGAGACAAUCUCCAAGGGGCUAUGUGUGAAGAAUCAACUGAAAAUGUGGGAAAAUCUCCUGCAAAUAAGAAUCCGCGCGCAAUCGCUGAUGACACUCUCAAAUCGACUUCCCUUCCCGGAAAACUUUCAAGAAUUCAAAGAAACCUCCGAGGAUUUCUCUUCUCUUGCCUCUGAAGUACAGCAGAAUGUCACAUCGGUGGUUAAUCAACUAAUAGACGCCCAGAAUAUACUUCUUACCAAUUUCCCAGACACGAAGGACUCGCUAAAACGGGGAUUGUUUGAAAAAGUAAAUCACGAAGAUGAUGAUGAUGGAAAACCAUCGAGUAAGAAGGCAAAGCUGGAAUUUUCAUCAAAAUCUAGCUGUGAAUCAUUUAGGAAACUCUAUAGAGGUACCAUUGAGAAAUGGGGUGAAAGAACAAAAUCUUCUAAAGGAGAAAAACUGUCAGAUACAGUCUUGAGUGAAAUUGAUAAGGCCCUGGCUUUGAAGGACAAUCUCCGGGCAAGCAGCAGGAUCUGCCGAGGAAAUUACAAUCUCUUCCAUGACUCAUACGGGGAAAUUGAUGAGGAAUCCGGAAAGAAAACAAGCCCAGAAGUCUAUGACGAUAUGGAUUUCUACCAUGAGAUUCUCAGUGAUCUCAUUGAGGCGAAAUCUUCGCAAAAUCUCAAUUCCACUGCUGCCAGCUAUCUUCAAAAACGAGCCAAGAACUCUGUAAAGAAGAUCGUGGAUACGAAAGCUUCAAAAGGACGAAGGAUAAGAUACGUCGUUCACAAGAAGAUGGUAAACUUCAUGGCCCCUAAUCCUUAUUCUUCAUGGAGUGAGGAGGCAAAGGAUGAACUAUUUUCUUCCAUUUUUGGAUCAGGAGCAUCGGGGCAAGCAUAAAAGUGUGUAAUCUUUAUAAAGGUGCAAUUUGAAGGAGGGAAGAUGGGAGAAGCGUGUGUGUAAAUGUUUUUUGGGAGAAAUACAAAGAGGCAAGGAGGAGACUUCAUCAAGUUGUCGUUACCACAGAAGUUCGAACAUGAUGUUCAUGUUUUCUCUUCAAUAACCAACCGGAUGAGUAAGCUGAAAAAGAAUAAUAGUAAGAAAAAAUGUUUAUAUUGUUAUUUCUUCUUUUUUUCCAUCAAAAUUCACUAACUUAAAAAAAAAAAGAAAUUCUUUUCCAUCUUAAUCCUAACUUUUAAAUUAAAUAAAAAGAGACACUUUACGUGAGAAAAAAAAAUGAAGAGUUGUAAGAAAAAUUGUGAGAAGUUUUUUUUUCGGAAAUAAAAUGUAGUUUUGAAGAAAGAAUUUUAUAUAAUAGAAAAUAAA